AGGGCCGCUCCGGGCAACAGCAGGCAGGCUGGCGGAGGACUCGGUCCCGCCGAGGGGACGCGGGCGGGCUGGCGGAGGAGAAGGCCUGGCCGAGGGAACGCGGCCGUGAGGAAGAGAAGGCCUCGCUGAGGGGACGCGGGCGGGCGGAGGACCCGCCAGCUUCUUAGCCGGGACUCAGCGUGGGUCAGGCCCCGCCCCUGGAGCAGAGCGGGCGCGCGCAGGGCGGUAGUGCGGUCUCUGCGGCUAAGUGUGGCUGGUGUGAACGCAGAGAGCGUUCGCCUGCCUUUGCUGACACAUUAGUACAUGGAAAUAAACCCCGGGGCGAACGGCUUCCUCCCCUAACACCCGAAGCCUUGCAGCUGGACUGUGGGCCUUGCAGUGACCGCGACAGGCUGAUCCUGUCCUAAUGGACCCUCCGUGAAAGAUGUGGCAUCGGAGGAUCCUGCGGGAAUGGCAGGGUGGACGCUGUGACCUAGGGAGUAAAGACUUAAGCUUUGUGACUUUAUAGGUCUGAGAGGCAGCGCUCAAGAUGUGCGGACGAACAUCCUGUCACCUGCCUAGAGAUGUUCUCACAAGAGCCUGUGCCUAUCACGAUCGCCAGGGCAGGCAGCGGCUCCCGCAGUGGAGGGACCCGGAUAAGUACUGCCCCUCUUACAACAAGAGCCCUCAGUCGAGCAGCCCGGUGCUUCUCUCCCGACUGCACUUUGAGAAGGAUGUAGACUCAUCAGAGCGGAUAAUUAUUCCCAUGCGAUGGGGCCUGGUUCCAUCUUGGUUCAAAGAAAAUGAUCCUUCCAAGCUGCAGUUCAACACUACCAACUGUCGUAGUGAUACCAUAAUGGAGAAGCAAUCAUUCAAGGUUCCUCUGGGAAAAGGACGACGCUGUGUUGUUUUAGCAGAUGGAUUCUACGAGUGGCAGCGGUGUCAGGGAACAAGCCAGAGGCAACCCUACUUCAUCUAUUUUCCUCAAAUCAAGACAGAGAAGCCAGGUGGGAAUGAUGCUGCAGACAGCCCUGACAGCAAGGAAAAGGUCUGGGACAACUGGAGGCUGCUGACAAUGGCCGGGAUCUUUGACUGCUGGGAACCCCCAGAGGGAGAGCGCCUGUACUCCUACAGCAUCAUCACUGUGGAUUCCUGCAGAGGCUUGAGUGAGAUCCACAACAGGAUGCCUGCCAUACUAGAUGGAGAAGAGGCAGUUUCCAAAUGGCUGGACUUUGGUGAGGUCACCACUCAGGAAGCUCUGAAGUUAAUCCAUCCCAUAGACAAUAUCACCUUCCAUCCAGUUUCUUCAGUGGUGAACAACUCCCGAAACAACACUCCGGAGUGUCUGGCUCCUGCUGACUUGGUGGUGAAGAAGGAACCCAAGACAAGUGGCAGCAGUCAAAGGAUGAUGCAAUGGCUGGCUACAAAGUCACCCAAAAAAGAAGCGCCUGAAUCACCCAAAAAGGAUGAGUCAGGUGUACCGCAGUGGUCCAGCCAGUUUCUGCAGAAGAGCUCAUUGCCUGCUAAAAGAGGCACCUCCAGCAGCCUCCUGGAUCGAUGGCUGAAGCAGGAGAAGGAGGAAGAACCCGUGACCAAGCAGCCUCGCAGCUAGUACAGACUCCUACACCCCAGGCCUAAGUCUGACACAGGAACCAUGACCAUGACUAACAGUGACCUUUGAAGUCUCUAAAAGGAGGAUGGGGGUCCACAAUGACAAUUCCACCAGGAUCAUCACUAAGCUGAAUAACAUUACCCAAAGAUCGGCUUUGAACUACAAACUGCUCAGGACAAUUUCAAGGUGGCUAGCUGAGAUGAUGCAGGCUCACAGACUGCUCCAACCAGGACUUGAGAUAAGUUCUACAUUUUCCCAUUACACAGAGACUGAACAACAAAUGAUACAGCUACCUCUUUGUUGACUUCACCUACAUGCCCACGCAUAAAAAGCUCUGCUGUCUCCUAACCCUUGUUGCCACCUCUACAGGAUGGAUAGAGGCAUUCCCCACUUCCAGGGAAAUAGCAGGUGUGGUGGCUCAGGGACCUCUUGAACACAUCAUCCUUAAGUUUUGUGUGCCACAGACCAUCCAAAUGGACAACAGCCCAGCGCUCACUUCCAGGGUCACUGAGCUGGUGUUUUAAAGCCCUUAACAUCUAGAAACUCCACAUCCCAUACCACUCACAAUCCUUGGGAAAGGCUGAGAGGUCCAGUGAACACAUCAAACAACAGCUCCCCAAGCUCUCCACUGAACUCAGGUUAUUUCAGCCUCCCUCCUGCCUAUCGCCCUUACCUACCUCCAGGCCACCCCACACUCUCCUACAGGCCUAAGCCCUUUUGAGCUCCUUUACAGAAAACUGUUCCUCUUCAACCACCACCUCCAAGUCCAGACCCCUCCACUGGCUGGGUACCUACCCUAACUCUCUCUCUUAAUGAUCCCUUCUCUGUUCAUAUGCUGACAGCUAUCUCCCUGCCCCUAUGCCAAUGGACCCAACUGCUCAUGAGCCUGCCCCAUUCUCUCCAAGGGACAGGGUAUUCCUCAAUCAGUUAUCUCCUUAGUCUCUAGAGCCCAGUGAACAAGACCCUACACUGUGAUCCUCACCACCCCUUCAGCUGCCAAGCUUCUGGGACACCAGUGCUGGCACCACUUCUCUAGGCUCAAGUAUACAAAGGCGUGGUCAUUCCUUCAAAAGAGCACCCCAAAAGGUAACAAUCACUUGCUGUAAGCAAAAGAUGGUUCAAAGCCUAGGUGCUAUCACUCUGUUUUCCAGCCAGAUGCAGUGGCUCUGUGGAAUUUCUCACUGCAGGUAUGCCUCUUGUGGAGAUGACUGAGAACCCCUUGCAGCCAGCAGAGAGAAGAGGCGUGCUGCAGGCUGUGUGGCCAUGCUCGCAGCAGGUAGCAGAAGCUGGAAGACUGGUGGGGCAAACGUUAGAAAGGCAGUGGAGCAUCAAACUGAAGAACAGAUCACAAGUGCAGGGCAGUCAUGAUGGGGCUGAAGAAACCAGGAAAAGGGGUGUCCAGGAUCAUAAAUACAGCAUACGCUUGUGUCCUGAGCAUCCUACACAGAGACCGUGUCAUUGCAGUACAAAUACUCAAGACCAUAGCCCGAGUUGGUGGCAGUCAACAGCUUAUGACUCCUUCAGAACAUCACUGUCAGGACUUCUUUUUUUUUCCAUUUUGAAAUUAUGCUCAAUGUGCAUGCGAGUGCAUGUGUGCGUGCGUGUGCGUGCGUGUGUGUGUGUGUGCGUGUGUGUGUGUGUGUGUGUACUGAGACAUGCCACAGUGAGCAUGUGAAAGGCAACAACCCAAGAGAGAUGCUUCACUCCUUCCAUGAUGCAGAUCUGUAGUUGUUUUUAUUUUUUUUCCUCUUUAAACUUUUUGGGUGGACCUGCCACCCAGUUCCCAAAUGAA